UGAGGCUUUAGUGAAUAGGAAAGAUGGCCCAUACUCUGAGUUGGGAGGCUGAGAUGAAUGUUCCUGCAAAUCAAAUGUGGAAGGCCUUUGAGAAUUCUGCAAGUAUUUUCCCGAAGCUGAUGCCCAAGCAUUUCAAAAGCAUUGAUGUACUAGAGGGAGAUGGCAUUAGUCCUGGCACUAUUAGACUCGUUAAAUAUGGAGAAGGGUUUCACUUGGCAACUUACAAAUUGGAGAAAAUAGAAUCCUUGGAUGAGGCGAACAUGACCACCACUCACACCGUGCUGAAUGGACAGAUAAUGAAUAAAUACAAGACAUACAAGCUGACUUUGAAGGUAAGCCCCGGAGUCACAUCAGGCACUUGCAUUGUGAAGUGGAUUAUUGAGUAUGAGCCGGCUCAUGAAGGUGAGGUUGUACACCCAGAGAAUGCCAAGGAAACUGCUGUACACACCUUCAAGGUCUUGGAACAAUAUCUGCUCUCCAACCCACUUCCAGUGGCUUAGCGUAGCUGUUACUAUAUAUGUCUCUAUUGCUGAUAGAUACAACAGUCAAAAAAUUGAUUAGUGUUAUUAUGGGAAGAUAGAGGGUUAGGUCUAGGAAGUAUUUGUCUGAAGCUCUAUAAAGCCUUGUUCUUCCGUGGUCUCAGUUGACCUGCUACUUUAAAUCAGCAAUGGUAAUGUAUUUUGUGUGAAAAAAAGGUCCUAAUAGGCUUUGUGAUUUAAAUCAGUUAUGGUGAUUGCUCUGUUUGAGAUAUUGAAUGGUUUGUUAAUACAAUGAGUA